UUCCGCAUUUUCCAUUGUUGCAGACUCAAAAAUCUCAAUUUUCGCCAGUCACCACGUCUAGUUGAGUGCUCUGCGGGAUUCCUCUUUCUUCUUCCGCACUUCAAUAAUUCUCAACGCCUCUUAUAAAUGCUUAUUAAUUAGAUACGGAUGCUCCCUUAUCUGGAAAAUUUAGCUGAUCACCAACCAGAGCUGAUCGGGUAAUUAUGGCAACAGUGAAGUCGUCUAGGUCAAGAACGCAUGCGGCCGUGACGCCGGCAAAAUAUGCCAACAGAGACACGGGUACGAAGCUGGAGGAGAAACUCACCGUCUUCAAUUCCGACAGUUUCGACGCCGAUAGUUUUGUCCAAUCGAAGUGCCAUUCCUUGAAUGAAAAGGAGAUUAGGCAGCUAUGCUCCUCUCUGGUGGAUCUGAAAAAGGCCUCUGCUGAGGAAAUGCGCAGGAGUGUUUAUGCUAACUAUACAGCUUUCAUUCGCACAUCAAAAGAGAUUUCAGAUCUUGAGGGUGAACUUUCAUCAAUGAAAAGGCUCUUAUCUACUCAGGCUAAUUUAAUCAAUAAUUUAGCUGAAGGAGUGCAUGUUGAUUCUUUAUCUGAUACUAGUCCUUAUAAUGCCACAAAUGACACUUUGAAUGAUAAAACAAGAGAACCUUCAGAAAUAGAGGAAUGGUUAGCUGAGUUUUCUGAUAACCUUGAUGUUUUAUUAGCUGAGAGGAGGAUAGAUGAAGCCUUGUCAAGCCUUGAUGAAGGAGAAAAAAUAGCUUUGGAAGCAAAACAAAAGAGUACACUAAGUCCCAGAGUCCUGUUGUCACUACAAACUACCAUUACAAAACGUAGGAAAAAAUUAGCAGAUCAGCUUGCUGAUAUUGCCUUCCAAACAUCAACACGUGGUGCCGAGCUUCGUGCUGCUAUUGUAGCUCUCAAGAAGCUUGGAGAUGGUCCUCGUGCCCAUAGUUUACUACUCAACGCUCAUCACAAGAGAUAUCAAUACAAUAUGCAAAGUUUUCGUCCAUCAAGCACAACAUAUGGAGGAGCAUAUACUGCAGCACUCUCACAAUUGGUAUUCUCUGCCAUUUCCCAAGCAGCGAGUGAUUCAUUAACUAUUUUUGGAAAGGAGCCAGCUUAUACAUCUGAGCUUGUCGUGUGGGCUAAUAAGAAGACAGAGGAUUUCGCUGUCCUUGUUAAAAGGCAUGCAUUGUCAUCAUCUGCAGCUGCUGGGGGCCUUAGGGCUGCUGCAGAGUGUGUUCAGAUAGCUUUUGGACACUGCACAUUGUUGGAAGCUCGGGGGCUUGCACUUUGCCCUGUGCUGUUGAAGCUGUUUAGGCCUAGUGUUGAGCAAGCACUGGAAGCCAAUUUAAAACGAAUUGAGGAGAGCACUUCUGCUCUAGCAGCAGCUGAUGAUUGGGAACUUACAAAUCCUCCAAGUUCAUUCCGCCAGUCUGCUAUGUAUCAACAUAAACUUUCAAGUAGUGCCCAUCGGUUUUACUUGAUGGUUCAGGAUUUCUUUGAGGAUGUGGGGCCGUUAGUAAGCAUGCAGUUGGGUGGAAAAGCGAUGGACGGUUUGUUCGAGGUCUUCAAUGCUUAUGUGAACACGCUAAUAAAAGCAUUACCUGGUUCUUUAGAAGAAGAAACCGAGUUUGAUGGUUUAACAAACAAAAUUGUCCGGAUGGCUGAGACUGAAGCCCAACAGAUUACUUUGCUUGCAAAUGCCACCUUAUUAGCAGAUGAGCUCUUACCACGUGCAUCAAUGAAGCUUUCUUCUUUCAGUCAAGCCAAUUACAAGGAUGAGCAUCAACUAAGGACUGAUAGACAAAGUCGUCUUCCAGAGCAAAGGGAAUGGAAAAAGCGCCUUGUGAGCACCGUUGACAAAUUAAAAGAUAGUUUUUGUCAAUUGCAUGCUCUUGAACUCAUUUUCAAUGAGGAUGGUGAUAGCAACCUUACCGCAGACAUGUACAUAAACUUGGAUGGUAAUGCGGAUGAGAUAGAAUGGCUCCCUUCUCAAAUAUUCCAGGGGCUCUUUUUAAAGCUAAACACGAUAGCUUCCAUAGCUGCAGAUAUGUUUGUUGGACGGGAAAGGUUUGCAACAUUGUUAUUGAUGAGACUUGUAGAAACUGUUAUGUUGUGGCUCUCCCAAGACCAGAGUUUUUGGGAUGAUAUUCAAGAAGGACCAAGACCUCUAGGGCCUGUUGGUCUUCAGCAGUUCUAUUUGGAUAUGACAUUUGUCAGAUACUUUGCUUCACAAGGACGCUACUUUUCUAGGAAUUUGAACCGCAUCGUCGGUGAUAUCAGAAGUAGGGCAGUAUCAGCGUUUUCUUCAACUGGGAUGGAUCCAUUGAGUGUGCUUCCAGAAGAGGACUGGUUCACUGAUAUUUGUCAAGAUGCGGUGGAUAGGCUGAGUGGAAGGCCUAGAGUUGCCAAUGGGGAAAGAGAUUUGAACAGCCCCACAGCUUCUGUCUCAGCACAGUCGAUAUCAUCUGUGAAAUCUCAUGGGAGUUACUGAUGUAGAAUGUGGUCUUUGGACCGUUGUAAUGUAUGUCCGUUGUAAUGUAUAGCAAUGCUAUACAUAGUAACGAAAAAGUUGCACUCAUUCAUGUGUUCUUGCUCUAAUCUUGUUUGACUAGGAUUGCUCUGCUGUAAAUGCUAGGUAAUGUGAAAAGCGACAUGUUUGGACCGGUUUGAUAACACUGCUGCAUCAAUUUUUUUCAAGAAGCUGAUAAUUUCA